UCAACUUUCACACUGCAGUGAACGACGGAUAGAGAGGAUAUGUGUUCAGUUGGACUUGCUGACCCUUUGUGAGGGUUAAAGUACUUAUUUUUUUUAAUCGUUUCAGAGCAUUAAUAGCUCUUGGCGCGGCGUCAAAAUGAUGCGUUUCCUGCUGCUCUUCAGUCGCCAGGGGAAACUGCGUCUGCAGAAGUGGUUUACACCCAUAUCGGAACGUGAGAAGAAGAAGAUAAUCAGGGACAUGACCACCAUGGUGUUGGCAAGACAACCACGCUCCUGUAACUUCCUGCACUGGAAAGACCUUAAGAUUAUUUACAAGAGAUAUGCAAGCUUGUAUUUCUGCUUGGGUGUAGAGAACCAGGAGAAUGAGCUGUUAGCCUUGGAGGUUAUUCAUCGCUACGUGGAGCUGCUGGACAAAUACUUUGGCAAUGUGUGUGAGCUGGACAUAAUCUUUAACUUUGAGAAGGCCUAUUUUAUUCUGGAUGAGUUCCUAAUGGGAGGGGAAAUACAGGAAACCUCCAAACAGAUGGUGAAUCGCGCCAUCGAAGCCUCAGACAUGUUACAGGAGGAUGACAACAGUGAGUGGUAUGAGGUGGAGCUGUUUGGAUGACCUUGAAUAUGGACAGACAGACCAUGGAGGAGUAUAUGAGCAAACCUGCAUUUUAACCCGUGGAAAAAGGACAUAAGUAACACUGGGGGGAAAUACAGGAACCAGAUGUACUGUACAUGAGUCAAAGAAGUUUCUGAACAUGGAAAUGGGAUUUACUUUGAUUCCACUGGACUUUUUCAAAAGAGGAAAUGGGCAUAUUGAAUGUCUGCUCGCCUUCCGCCUGAAACACUGCUGCAAUGUAACUUCAUUUGAGGGUAAAUCUCAUAUGUGUUCAUAGUCUUGCACUCAUUUGAAGGAGGGGAUGGGGUUUCAUCACAUUAAUUGCUGUGAUUAAAUUCAAAUGAAGUAGUAAUAGAGGAUCAGGGAUAUGAAAAGCAUAACCAUGAAGUGAUUUUUAGGUUUAUAAAUUUGCUUCAUUCAUAUUUAAAUCAUGCCUUAACAUAUUGGAAUUGAAUGAUUUUAUUCCAAAAAUUAUGAAGAACUAAUUUUAAGGGAAAUUGUGCUUCUCUGCAAUUUGUGUGAAUAUUGAAAAGAACAAAUUUAAUUCUUAAAAAACAUGUUUGUAACAGAUGUCACGUUUUGUAAUUACAAUAUGAACCAAUAAUAGGCUUUGCUUUCACACCUGCAUACAACAGAUUUUUGAAUCAGACUGAUUAUGAAGAAUUUCUUACAGUUUUUAAUCUAUAUAAACUAUCGCUUCUGUUUGGGGCCAUUAGUCUUCACAAGGAGCUGUGUCUAGUGCGGGUGUGAAUAUCACUGUUUUUAUAACGUGCAAUUUAUGAUGUCGGAGCUUGUGAUUAAAAUAUGUAUUUUGAUAA